AUGUCAAUAAUUCAAAAGAUACUUUUUCCAAAAUUGCUUACUGUUAUUCCAAAACGUACUUAUUACAUAAAAGAUAGAAAUGAAUCGAAUGGGGAAAUUUAUUCAUCAAAAAUUCCAAAUGAUUGUGAUGGACAAAUUCAAAAAUGGCCUUCAGAAAAGAGGCUUCAAUUUAAUUUUCAUCCUGAAACAGAAACAGCUUUUAAUCAACAGAUCGGUACCGAAUUUAAAGCUUUUUACAAUUAUUUAUCUAUGGCGGCAUUUUUUGGCCGAGCAGAUGUAGCAAUGCCCGGAUGUCAAUCAUUUUUUACUCAAAUGUACAUGGAGGAGUUUGAACAUGCAUUGCAAUUUUUAAGCUAUGUAAACAUGAGAGGAGGAUCAGUGAAUCUAUUCGGUAUCCCACCUCCCAAUGUGCAAAACUGGAAUUGUCCACUUUAUGCAUUCAAAGAAGCUUUAAAACUAGAAAUUGCUGUAACAAAUAAACUAGUAACUGCAAAUGAAACUGCUGAAAGGCACAAAGACUUAAGUGCAAGUGAUUUUAUUGUCACUGGCUAUUUGGAAAAUCAAAUGAAAAGUGUUAAUGAAUUUGAGAAAUUUAUAACCGUUCUUUCUGGUAUUGGAGAUAAAACUCUGUCAAGAUUUAUGUUUGAUAAAGAUUUGUUGGAUAAUUAUGUACUUUCAAAAUUUAAUGUUUUACAAAAUAAAAAUAAAGAUAAUUGAAUUAUA